ACUUGAUAGCGAACCAAAUAAUAUGAACAACGAUUAUAUCGAACAUUAUAACAACAUCUGUCAAUCGACUUUCCCGGAGGACUUUAAUUUUGAAGACAACAAUCCUCCAAUUUACGUGCCUGUUAAUUUGCAAUCCCAACCUCAUAUUCAAGAUUUCCUCCCUUCUGCUACUUCCGUUUUCCUCUCCGAUAAUGUCGAUACGAUGGACUACGGAACUUAUACAGGCGAUUAUACAUCGUAUCAAUGUAACCCCUCAGAAUGUAACGUUGACACAAUGGAUGAACAAUUGAAUCCACCUCCCCACGAUCAAGUCGAAAACAGUUCUUGUCCGCUUCCAGUAUCUUUUCAGACAGUCUGUGGCCCCUCCGUCCCUCAUUCUGACACGACAAACGACGGUCCGACUGAUAAUUAUUCUCACCAUUUCGGUAUGAUCAACAAUACAUGUAUUUUAUGCAUUCUUAUGCAAAUGCCCACAAGCCACGAAUACCUUCUUAUUAGAGAAGAGCGAACCCAAUCAGGGUUAGGCAGGGUAUCUGCUGCUGCCAGUAUUAACGAAAUCAUAGCUUUAACUCGAAUGUAA